CCUAUGACGCCGACCAAUAACAACUUAUAUUCCGUGUAAACAAUGACCAAGAACUAUUUACACGUUAACGUUUUUCUUUAGACGUUAGAAGUCAAAAUAUGACUCAUUUAACUGCACAUCAUUGCAUAUUUACCCCAAGUAGUGUUUAAUUCGCGCUGGAGACUGGACUUAGUUGAUAGAUGUUAUCUAGGUAGGGCUAGCUGCUAUGGUUUUUCACACUCAAAUAGCCUCCAUCAUGGAGGUGCUAGCGAAUGCAGCCGUGGCAGAGAUCUGUAAACUCGUCGACGACGACUAUGCAGUGUUUCGUUUGGAAAUAACUAAAAGCCAGAAAGAAAACAGGGCAUUGCGGAGGAAACUACAGCUACUGGAACUGAAGGUGGUACGGGAGCGCGUACUCGUCAGUCGUCCCAGUAGUGUCAAGAUCCUCGACCGAUACAGAGGAAUGGCAAGAGGUGAAGGACAUCUCACUGGAGGCCACAGGAGCUUUGUGAAGCCAGCGGGACACAAUACAUGGAGAGAUGACCAACCAAUCAGUUUUGAUGAGGGGAGUGGAACCUCAACUCAGCACAUUAUCGUGAUAGAGUCUGCAGAUACAGAGGCUGCAGGUCCUGGUGUCAAGCAGGAGAAGUCUGAAGGAGAGAAGGCCCCGCGGCACAGCAGAAACAUCCAGACUGAAGUGGCUGGAGUGCCCCCUGUAGCCACGGAGGUCUCCACCUCCGUCCAAGUGCCGUCCAGGACCCGAGGUAACAUCACGGAGGAGGAGGAGGGUCUGGAGGUGCUGCUGGUGAAGGAGGAGGGGUGUGAGGAGGGUCUGGGGAACCCUGAGGGGACCAUGGUCAUGGAGGACAACCAGACUACUCCUACUCCUGGACCGACAGAGGAUUCAGCUGAGCAGUACAGGACCACACAUAAUCUCACUGAGUCAGUAGACAUGGAGGAUGGGAAGCCUGAUCUGCUGCUGAUCAAACAAGAGACAAUAGAAGACAGACCAGAGAGCAUUGACCUGCUGAGUGGACUACAGAUGGAAGAGCAAGGUGGUUGGCUGGAGGCUAACAGAGGAGACUGGGCGCCCCAGAUGAGUGCAGCCAAGGGCCCAGGGUACGACAUCACCGAGCAGGCCAGGACCAGAGGCGACAUAGUGAAGGUCAAUGGAUGGGACAGCGUCCUCAACUAUGGGCUGGGGAACAACACUGUUAACCACAACCAGAAACAGAGAGUGGAACACAAAAUAACAUCCGAACUUAGUCUCCAUAAAAGACUGGCUGAGACCAGGGCGAGACAUAGAUUUGGUCUGCAGGGACAGGCCGGUGUCCAUAUGCAGCUAGAGAGAACAGACACUGACUCGGCUAGCAAUGCUCCCUCCUGCUCCUAUAGUUGUGAUUCAGAGAGACAGGUGGCGCCUCAGGUUGACCCCCUAACAGAUUCUGCCUUUAGCCUGCCUUCUAUAGGAUCUAUCAACUGGAACAUGGACCCUGCGAUAACACAGACACUACCUGGCCUUCAUCCUCCUCACACUCUCCUAAUGUUAAACCAGACCUCAGACAAUGCCAGUGCAUCAACCCUAAAUGGCAACACAAGCCCAUUGACAAAUGACAGUAGUAGUGACGCUAUCAGCAGAUCUGGUGGCAAAGAGAAGCGCUUCCCUUGUUCAUUCUGUGGGAAAGUCUUCCGUUUGCCUAAACAGGUGGAGAUCCACCAGAGGAUGCACACCGGGGAAAAACCGUUUGGCUGCCACCUGUGCCGGGCCAAAUUCUCCCACUCGUCCAGCCUGAAGAGGCACCAGAGGGUCCACACAGGGGUGAAACCCUUCAGCUGUACCCAGUGUCAGACGCGCUUUGCUCAGGCUGGUCAUCUGAAGAGGCACCAGAGGGUCCACACGGGAGAGAGGCCGUUCACCUGUACGCACUGCGGGAAGAGGUUCUCAGAGAAGAGCUACCUCAGGAUACACCAGCAGAAAAUGCACAGGGCCCAUGUAUAGAGUAUUGUGACAUGUAGUUAGUUUGUUUGAAGUCAAUUCUGUUGGUUUUGGAUGUAGUGGUGAACUGAGGAAAGAGUAUGAUUAAAUAGAAGAUAUGUUACGCCUGCUCCCGCUUCUCCUCUCUGGCGUUUGAGGGCACCAGGCUGUCCAUCAUUACGCACACUUGUCACCAUCAUUACGCACAUCAGUACUCGCUGGACUCACCUGGACUCUGUUACCUUGUUGAUUGCCCCUCCUAUAUCUGUCUGUUCCUCGGUUAGAUCCCUAUGUCAGCAUUACUGUCCGUGUUUCAUUAAAUGUUCACUCCUUGUACUUGCUUCUCGUCUCCAGUGUCUGUCCUCACAGAAUGCCACCCAUGAUACCCAUAUUUGAAACAUCAGGGAGGUAUUUGUUUUACUGAUAACAUCGGGUCCGGGUGACGCUGCUGUAGGAACCAGGGGUACCUCAGCUGGCUCGUUGGGCUUCCACGCCUUAGCUGGCUCGAGAGGUUUCCUUGCCUCGGUUGGUUCGGCAGGCGCCCAACCCACAUCAUGCCUCAGUCAGCUUGUUUGGCUCCCACGCCUCAGUCGGCUCAUCAGGCUCACAUCCCCCUUCAUGCCUCAGUCGGCUCAUCAGGCUCACAUCCCCCUUCAUGCCUCAGCCGGCUCGUCAGGCUCCCUCGCCUCAGCCGGGUCACCCGGCACCCAUUUCUCGGCCGGCCCAUCAGGACUCAUCUGGACUCCAUUACUUUGUUGAUUGCCCCUCCUAAAUCUGUCUGUUCCUCUGUUAGAUCCCUGUGUCAGCAUAAUUGUAGUUUUUGUUUCCCCCUGUCCAGACGCUGUCUGUAUUCUGUUCCUGUCCGUAUUUCAUUAAAUGUUCACUCCUUGUACUUGCUUCUCAUCUCCAGUGUCUGUCCUCACGAUAUGGUGAUGGUUGGUGUGAUGGUGUCUGUAAAAAUGCUUCACUGAUGAAGAGUGACAACCUUUAGGUUGAUACGGGUGUUUUAUAGUGGGAUACGGAUGGUGCCUUAAUUCAUGUUUACUUGACAUGAAGUGGUGAAGAUGUGUGUAAUGUUGAACCUUUUCCAAAGUAUUUUUAAAUACAUUUUAAUCAAAGCAAGGGUACAAGAUUUACAGAAAAUGUAAAGUAUUACCAUAGUGAGAAAAAUUGUUAUACAUGUCACGUAUCGUUUUGUGCAAUAAAAGUACUGUACUUUAAGUUAUGAGUACAUUACCAUUUUGUUGAAAUUAAAUACAAAAUUGACUCUG